UCUAAAUUAUGAAGAGCAUACUUUCACGACUAACAUGCAAAAAAAAUUAAGCUACAAAAACAAGCAUUGGAACUAAUUCAAUCUUCAAUAAUAGAGCCAACUUAUGUGGAAGAUAGUUUUUUUUUUUUUUUUUUGAAAGGAUUAUGUGGAAGAUAGUUGAUGAGCAUUCAACACCAAGAAUUCCUUAUUAUAAGCAUUUGAUUCUGCUAUAAGAUUCACAAAAGACAUGUCUUUCAAAAAUUCCAAAUUCUUCCGUAUAGCUAAAUCUUCUGCAACCUCUGAAUCUGCCACCAUUGCCACAGUGCAAUAUUCAACAGUGGAAGCAGGCACAUGCACAAGUAUAUUCAAUAGAUGUGAUGACAUAGAUUGCUCUUCACAUUGUCAAUCUGCUCAUGGCACCCUUGGAGUAAGUUGGAGAUGUGAUCUCUUCAACCUAUGCACUUGUACUUUCAAUCAAGAUCCUUCCUCAAACAAUUUGUGUCGUAUUGGCAUGGGAACAUGCUACCAGGAUGAAUGUGAUCAAUCUUGUUGUAAUGCAAAGUGUGCUGGCACUUAUAAAGAAGGUUUUGGGAGUUGUAUACCAAAUCAGUUUACCAAGGAUAGAUGUGUUUGUUCCUAUAGAAGCUAGAAAUCGAUUAUUGUACGUGGAUGUCCAUAACCUUGAUCUUCCACGUUCUUAUAACUCCCAUUACUGAAUGGAUUGUUAGUGAUGUUUAAUUUCAUUUGAUCAUUCACUUACUAUUUGUAUCCUAUAAAUAGAACUCAAGUUGUAAUGUAAAGGACACACUUGUGAAGUAAUGAUAUAUACUCUUUUCUUCUCCCUUUA